AUGUCAAAGGUAUCAUUUCAGCCCUUAAGAGCCUUCACCACCUGCACCCCCCAUUUCCCUCUUUCUGCGACAGACCGGGUGAAGCAGCCGAGGAGAGUGCAGCCCUCCGAAGGAGUGGGGGCUCUGUGUUCCCGAUUGCCACCCCACUCACACACCCAGGUGCCAAGCAGCAAUCCAGCAAUAAGUUGUAUUGGCAAGCUAGACAGCCCUUUGUUUCAUGGAGAAGUCCCCCACCCUCACAAGAGAAAUUACUUCCAGGCCUGCCCCUCCACGUUAAGUGACUUCGGCCACACUUUCUGCCCAGGACAAUGGAAUGUUCUGUGGCCCACUGUUCAGGGACCAGAAAUAUUUUGUUGGCCAGAGUUGUUAUUUUUCGGGCCCUCCUGCACAGAUCUUUGUGGGUCUGCAUCUACCUGUAUGUAUGUGUCUGUGGAAGCUGAAGUCAUUCCUAAGCCAGAGCGCCUCCGCGCACUUCUGAGUGUCAGAAUCUGA